CAGCCCGAUGCGGGGCUCGAACUCACUAACCAGGGAUCAUGACCUGAAGCAAAGUCAGAUGCUUAACUGAUUGAGCCACCCAGGUGCCCCAAUAUUUACAAAUUAUUCUUAAAGUCUCUGUGGAAUAGUAAAUACUUGCUGACUGUACCAGUUGAACUUUAGGAAUGCCCACAAAUUUUUAGACUGUUUGGGUAGUAUUUAUUGUUCUAUGGUAGCCAUUUUCUCAAUGAUUAAUAUUGUGGCAGUUUAAGUAAUUCUUAGACGUGCACCCAGGAUAUAGAUUUCUCAACAGAUAGGAAUUAACCAUGUUUGUUUACACAAGGAAAGGUAAGUAAUAAUGUUUCUGUAUCUUUUUUUUUUAAUUUUGACUCAGUAUUUUUCAAAGCACAGUGGCAAAAGACCACAUUUGAGAAAUAAGGAUAUUUUUCACAGUACACUGAAGUGAUUUAUAUGAACUUUAUAAUAAAUCCAGUUUAAGGAUGAACUCUAACUUUCUUACCAAUGUUUAUGUAUUAGAGAAAAGACUGACUAAAGUUGCUUUCACUGUUCUAAGUUGUUUCUAAUUGUAUAUUCUAUAAUAAUGAGGAUUACAAUUCUUGUUAAGUAAUUUACUCUUAAUAUCCAUUUGCUCUUAAAAAACAAUGUUUGGUGAUGUUUGAUAUAAUUUGGGGCAUAGUGGAUUUUGAUUUCACGACUCCUGAUAUAGUUCUAUGGGUAGAGAAUAUGUUACUGAACUAAGGCAGUGGUUUUCACAAAGCGUGAGUGCAUCAGAGUCACCUGACAGCUUAAUAAAAAAGGGUGCUAGGUAGCACCCCAGCAUCUGAUUCAAUAGGCCUGGGGAGGGGCCUAAUAAUUUGCAUUUCUAAUAAGUUCCCAGGCGAUGCUGAUACUGUUGAUGUGGGAGCCAUACUUUUAAGACCCACCGAACUAAGGAAAAGACUGAUGUGGAAGGAACUUUAUUUGUUUACACAAGGUCUGCUUCUCCAAAGCAUGGGUUCACCAUUAUGAAUAGGUUGAGCAUGGAAAACAGGACAGAACCCAUUACUAAAGACCUGGAUUUCCAGCUCCAGGACCCUUUCCUUCUCUACAGAAAUGCCAGAUUGUCCAUUUAUGGAAUUUGGUUUUAUGAUAAGGAAGAAUGCCAAAGAAUUGCAGAGCUUAUGAAAAACCUAACUCAGUAUGAACAGUUGAAAGCCCAUCAGGGAGCUGGAGCAGGAAACUCCCCAAUGAUCCUCAAUUCAGGAGAGGGCAAGGAAGUAGAUAUCUUGCGAAUGCUCACCAAGGCCAAAGAUGAAUACACCAAGUGUAAAACCUGUUCUGAGCCAAAACAGAUAACCAGUUCAUCUGCUAUCUAUGACAACCCCAAUCUCAUCAAACCAAUUCCAGUGAAGCCUAGUGAAAACCAGCAACAGCGCAUACCUCGGCCCAGCCAGACCUUAGACCCUGAACCACAACACUUGUCCUUGACAGCUCUCUUUGGGAAGCAGGACAAAUCUACAUGUCAAGAAACUGUGGGGUCCCCACAGACCAUCCGCCACCAGCAGCAGCAGCAGCAGCAGCAGCAGCAGCAGCAGCAGGAGAAACUUCCGGUCAGGCAGGGGGUUGUACGCUCUCUCUCCUAUGAGGAACCCAGAAGACACUCACCCCCCCUCGAGAAACAGCUCUGUCCAGCCAUUCAGAAACUCAUGGUCAGGAGUACAGACCUCCAUCCAUUGUCAGAGCUGCCUGAAAACCGGCCCUGCAAAAAUGGCAAUACCUGUUCUGCUGGGGAGGUUUUUCUGGGACCUGUCCAGCCAGGGUCUCCCCAUAGCAUUGGGACUUCCUGUCAUGUACAGAGUGCUUCCAGAACUCAGAACCUGUUGGAGAAGCUUCAGAGCACCCCAAGGUCAGCAAACAAGUAUGAGCCUAGUAUACCAGCACCUGCUGGCUCAGCUGCCCCAAACCUCAGCACCACUCUCCCUGCUGCCACCCCCGGCGCUCCAGUAAGGGGACUGGUGCAGGCACAGGUGGGAUAUUUCAAUGGCUCCCUUCCACCUCAGACACCAGGACAUCAGGCUCACGGAAAAGAGCAGUCAACACACCCGAGACCGACACUCCCCCUCUCUGGCAAUCAGGUGAGCAGCUCUGGAGUGAUCUCCCCUCAAGAGUUACUGAAAAAGCUUCAGAUUGUACAGCAGGAGCAGCAGUUGCACGCAUCUAACCGGCCGGCUUUGGCAGCGAAGUUCCCCGUGGUAACCCAGAGCUCUAGGACAGGGAAGACCUUGGAGUCCUGGAUAGACAAGACACCCAGCACAGAAAAGCAGACUCCUCUUUUUCAGGCCAUCUCACCUCCGCGCGUCCUAGCUACAGUGGCUCCUUCUCUGCUCAUGUCCCCUAUGGUGUUCACACAACCCACCUGUGCCCCACCAAAGGAGAGGGACAGUGGGCUCCUGCCUCUGGGAAGCCAAGAACCAGCUGCCACUUCCACCAGCCUCCUCCUGCCUCUGCAGACCCCAGAACCCCCUGCAGUCACCAGCAGCCCACUUACCAAGCUCCAGCUUCAGGAAGCACUGCUGUACCUCAUUCAGAACGAUGACAACUUCUUGAAUAUAAUCUACGAAGCUUAUCUCUUCAGCAUGACACAAGCAGCCAUGAAAAAGACAAUGUGAAAGCAAAACAUUUUCAGACUGAUUUUCAAGGUCCUGUGGCUCAAGAUUCUUUCACGUCAGUGGUGUUACCCUAAAUGUUUCCGCCUUUUUUAAAAGUAUGUACGAUAUGAAUUAAAACAUUUCAGAAUUUUUUUCA